UUUCAUGUCGAAAGAAUGACUAUAGGGAAAAUGUCACUAACGUUUGCGGGGAGCGCACAGAGUGGGGCGAGACCGGACAAGGCCACGAUCCAAAAAAUGCUAGAUGAGAAUGGUCAAUUGAUUAGAGUUAUCGUGCGAUACCAGAACAUGGGGAGAGCAAAUGAUGCUCUCCAAUACCAGCAACUCCUUCAUCGAAACCUUGUCUACCUCGCUUCAUUAGCAGAUGCUAGCAUUCAGCAGGAGCUUACGCGGCAGAACGACAAUAUAAAAAAGGAGGUUGCAAGGCAAGAUCUGAACUCAAAUCAACAAAAUAAUUAGGACGAAUUAUUCACAGCUCUAGGUAUCACAUUCAGUACUUGUACAUACUUUUAUACUUUUCUUAAGACUCUCAAUUUUGAAAUUUGAUCGGACAGGAUCAUUCGAAAAGGAUAAUUUUGUUCUACUCAUUCCAUCUUUCAAUUUGCUAGUGUUUUUUAACAAUAUGAUCGCUGUUUUCAAUGUACUGUUUGUGCUUAUGACAGAACAAACAAAUGAGUGUGUAAUUUUGUACCAACG